CCCACACCGUUGAAUGUACGCAUGCGCACAUCGACCGAGACACCCAAAGAAUUUGGCAUAAAAUAUUUAGAUAUUUUAAUUAAAUUUACGAGUUUCUCUGAACCCUUAUUCAUAAAUACUUUAAGCCGAUCGAGAAAUCAAAUUAUGACCUGAGUGCCUGCAGAAAACUAUUACCGAUCGUGGGACCUAACGCACGAAAUGGCGACGGAAAAUGAGCUAGAAUUGACAGGUAUACGGCAGAUCAAGACCCAAAUUUCUGAGGGUGCUCAGUCUGAGACUGGAAGUUACCAUGGCAGUAAAACACCGGGUACAGGUGCUGUGCCGAAGGAAAGAGAAAGAAAGAUUGGGCACAGAAGGGUGGACGAGAAGACCGGAACUGUUACGUAUAAAAAGAAACCGACAAGUGAGUUGAUGGCGGCCAUACAGUUAGGUAUAGGACAAAGCGUGGGAGGUCUAUCAUCCAAACCAGAAAGGGAUCUGCUCAUGCAAGAUUUUGGUGUUGUUCAAAGUGUCUUCUUUCCAAGUGAAGGAAGUAACAUGACACCAGCUCACCAUUACAGUGAUUUUAGGUUCAAGACAUACGCCCCGAUGGCUUUUCGUUACUUUCGUGAACUUUUCAACAUUCGUCCCGAUGAUUUUAUGUUGUCCCUAUGCGAUGAUUCCUUGACAGAGUUAUCUAAUCCUGGUGCUGGAGGUAGUAUAUUCUAUAUUAGUGAGGAUGACGAGUUUAUAAUAAAGACAGCACAACACAAGGAGGCGAGCUUUCUGCAGAAAUUAUUACCAGGAUAUUAUAUGAAUUUGAACCAGAAUCAGAGAACACUUUUACCAAAGUUUUACGGGUUAUAUUGUUAUCAGUGUGGCGGUAAAAAUAUACGAUUUGUUGUAAUGAAUAACAUUUUACCAUCGGUUGUAAAAAUGCACGAGAAAUUUGACCUGAAGGGUAGCACACAUAAAAGGAAAGCAUCUAAAAGUGAACGAGCAAAAAGCUCGCCUACGCUUAAGGAUCUAGACUUUAAUGAAAUGCAUCCAGAGGGUCUGAUGCUAGAGAAGGACACCUAUGAAGCAUUAAUACGAACGAUACAGCGGGACUGUAGAGUUUUAGAAAGUUUUAAAAUUAUGGAUUACAGUUUACUAGUUGGAAUUCAUAAUCUAGAUGCUGCCAAAAAGGAAAAGAGGCCACAAGAUUCAGCACGAUCUAACGAAUCAACGGGAACCAGUAGCGCAUUGAGCAACUCACAGGGAACCAGUUACUCGGAGACUCCAGAUGGUAAAACGCGAGCUGGUCUUGCCCGCGGGAAGUCGAUGAGAACAAAGGUGACCCAGUAUUCUACUCCCAUGGAGUCAAUACAGGCCGAGGUUCCCGAAUCGUUAGAGGAAUUUGAUGACGACGACAUUCCACCCGGGGGUAUUCCUGCGAAGAACGCGAAGGGUGACAGACUUUUACUCUACCUCGGUAUUAUCGAUAUCCUUCAGUGUUACAGAUUUAGGAAGAAGUUUGAACAUACAUUCAAAUCCAUGAUUGCAGAUGGGGACACUAUAUCUGUGACCCGGCCUAGUUUUUACGCAGAAAGAUUUCAAAAGUUUUUCACAAACACCGUGUUCAAAAAGGCUCCAUCACUAGAGCAGCCCACUUUUAAAGCGACUCAGAGAUUUCGGAAGCUCGUUGGACUAGGUGGGCAUACCUGGAUGGGAAUAGGCGAGCAAAGAGAUUCUGGUGCACUGAAGCAUUCUCCGUCUAAACGAAAACCAGGUGAGAGAGGUCCAAGGUCAGCCAGUAUGAAUGAGGAUAGAGAACAUAUUCCAGGAACAAUGGGUGCUAGACCAGACUUGCUAAUGGGAAGUGCAACUCCGCCCCCACCAUUCUCGGAGGCUGCUAAGCCCCGGUCAACCACUGCCCCUUUACCAGUCAUACGAUCUUCUGAGGAGAUACAAAGAUCUGAUCGUUCCUAUUUCCAAACAAUUUCCCAGCAAGAAGAGACAAAUCUAUCAAGAGGUUCAAGCAGUACAAAAGUUCGCCAUUCACCACUUAGUGUGUCAGAAUCUACUCCAACUUACACAGAAUUUACAGAGGGCACCCCUAGUUACACGCCUUCCAGUCCGUCGUGUAGCAGUGAGGUGCUGGAUACGACGAUUCCAAAUCUACCCCAUGACAACAUGUCAGCUGAUAAUUCUCCGUCGAAGGCGAUGGCUGCAAGCAGUAGUACAGAGACGUCGUAUUAUAGUACAGUGUCGCAUUUAGAUACGAGAGAAACUGUACAGGAGUCGACGGUCGCGACUGUUUCGAAAUCUGAGGAACGUUUCAGCAAUAGUCAAACUGUUAGUAACACUAGCAAUCUACAUAAUAAUGGCAAUAUAAGUCGGAGUGACGUAACCCAAUCUAGAGGUACGGUGAUCGAAAUUGCACCGAACUCGCCCGAUUCCCAAAGCAAUAUUCCAAGUGAGCCUAGAGUUAGUGUAAUUUCAAAUAAAAGCGCGGACACUUCAUUUUCAUCACAAGCAAUGUCAACCGGUUAUUCAGAAUCUAUAAUUAGUUCCACGACCACCGAGCGUUCCAGUGAAUAUGGUCAAAGUGAUAGUACAAACUUCUCCUCAAACGUUUCCGGUGUUGAUAAAGAAAUUGUGCAGAAAAAAUAUAGUGUAACUACAGAUUCCAAUGUAUUGAAGGUUGAAACAUUAAAUUCCGAUGUUGGAGUGAAGGAGGGCAGUGGUUUUGAAGUGGAGGAAUCGAAGUAGAAAAAAGGGGGACCUUGACAUAUUUAUGAGCUGAGCAAUUCCAUUGGAUAAAGACAAUAACUAUUACAACUGUGUCUCAAUUUGAUUGGCCGGUAUUUAUAGAACUCUUGAAGCAGUCAACCAAUCAGUGAAGGAUUGAAUUACUGUUAUACAUGUGUAUUCUAUAUUUAGAUGAAAUAUGUUCUAAUUUUAGAUAAGGAUGUUCUAUUUUUAGAUCAGUAGAUCUGAUCUUUAGGUCAUGAAUGUUGAUGAUAUUUUACAUUUCGAUGUCUUUCUAUCAUUAAUUCAUAUUUAUACUCAAUUCAUUUUGCAUUAGAGGUGCAAAAUUUCUGUAAGAAUGAUUGACAAGAAAAUCCAUGCAUUUGUAAUGUGUUUUUUUUUUCUGUAACUACUUCAAUGUUAUUUAUUCAGCUUGAACAGUUAGUUACAUAUUGCUCUAUUAGGAGUGUGUGAUCAAGCAUGUGUAAUGAUUUUGAAGUAAAUACUGUGACAUACUGUGAUUAAUUCUUUUCAUAAGUUACUGAACAUUUAUUUUGUUCAAAGUCCUAUCUUCACAAUGUAUUAAUUUAUUCCAAGAAAAAGUUCUGUAAUAUGUCCAGCAAAAUUAAGGGGAGAGAACUCUUUCUGAAUAGGUAUCACUGAGACAGAUGAAGUUUUAGCCAGCUGGUGGCAGCUGAAUCAACACAUGCAAACUAGUGUAGACCAUGUAGACCAAGAUAAGCUGGUAUAGCAUAUCUGUGCCAUCUGAUCUUGAUUUUGAAACUGUCAACCAAUCAGUGAAGGACUGGAUUACUGUAUAUGUCUUUUUCUAUAUUUACAUGUAGAUGAAUAUGUUCUAAUUUUAGAUAAGGAUGUUCUUUUUUAGAUCAGUAGAUCUGGUCUUUAGGUCAUAAAUUGUGAUGAUACUAUGAAAAUUACCCAAAAAUGAUAUUAACGGUUUUAUCGAGGAUGAAAGAUGGACAAGUCCAUUUAAGAUUCUUAGCAUUGUCAGGGUAAAAAUGAAUUGACAUGUAAAUCACCAUACAAAACCUUUACUUUAAAUUCACUUCUGUUGUAUGACUAAAGUUGUUAUCAAUUACUUAUUUUUGAGGUCCAAAAGCACAAUAUUUUAAAAUUUUGAAACCUUAGAUAGACCAACUUUGGUACUAACAUGUUAAAGAAUGCAUUAAAUUGAUAUCUAGUGCAAUUCUUAACCUGAUUUGUGUUUAAAUGAUUAUUAUUAUUAUAGAGGGAAUGUUCAAAAAAUUGUUCAAAAAUUAUUUGGAAUAGACCUACAUCAAAUUGCUAAUUAAAAUCAUGAAAGAAAACUUCCAGUUUGGUCAUGUCAAAAACUUCAGUUGACUUCCUGUUAUCGCCACCCUGCUAUUAUGGUUCAGGCUGCAUUUUUCGCCCACCUGUAAUUUUGGAUUCUUGAGUUCAAGACAAAUUGCGAUGUACUCCAACCCUUAUUCUGCAAUAAGUUCUUAAUUUGAGUCAUUAUACUAAACCAAUUAACACUUUAAAGAUUUUAUUUUGAUUUUUAUGUAAGGCACUUUCCUCACUGAUUGGUUAUUUUUAUUGAUAAAAAAAAUAUUUUUAAAGCCCAGUGAUUGGCUGAUGCCUAUACCAACUUAUGUAACAGCCAAUAUCAUUGGAUGCUAUUUAUAGUUACUAAUAUACAUGAAAAACUAUUUUUAGCAUCUAAUAGGAUUGACCUUUAAAUAACUACAUUCAAGCAAUAUCUAAUUAUGUUUGGGGAUCUUCAAUGUGUUAAACAUUGUUCAGUAGCCAGUUGUGUCAAAGUAUUACCUUUUUAAAUAAGGUUUCUGGGAACAGAAAGAUUUUAUGGAUUACUUCUUUCGGCUGGAAGUAAUGGUUUAAAAGAGGAAAUAGCAGAAAAAAGCAUUAAUAAACGUUUUCAUAUCAUACAUAGAAUAGUUUCUGUUGAUCAUUGCAUAUAUCAUACAUAAAAACCAGUGAUUUGCAUAUUAUUGUAACAUGCAUAUAUUACCAUAAAUUUACAUAUAAUUACCAUCGUAAUUUACAUAGAUUAGCAUAAAUUUCUUUUUCUUACCCGUGUUGCAAUAGCAUACAUGCCAUUGGUCAUUAUCAACAUCAAGUCAUUAAAUAACCAAUCAAAAGACAGGAUUUAUAAGAGUAUUGUGUAACAGUACGUAAUAAACAAAGAUUCAAUUUUUUUCUCUCCACUGAUUUUUUUCAUAUCAAUUUUGAACGGUGAUGCAUGCAUGAUUUUUGAAAAAAGAGAAUUUCAAUUUUAUUUAUGGAUGUAAUUUUGCUUUUUACAGGUCAAGAUGAUUCUUUUACCAACUGCUAGGAUAAUUUAAUGAUCAAUUUUGCCCUGAAAAAUCAAAUAAAACUAUUGUUUCAGUUAAUAAGAUAAGUUUAAAAAUCGCUAAUUUUGACGUUAUUAAGGAAUGCACACAUGUAUAUGCUUCUUAACGCUUAUCUUUAUGAUUGAUUUGGCAGGGUUCUUGUCUCAUUAGGAAUAUUGUUUUUUUUGUUUUUUGUAGGGGGGGGGGGGUGUUCACGUGCUUUCAACAUGUAAAAAAUUAUGUAAUUAAUGAGUUUACAAAAUCCGUUCCAGCUGGCAUAACUUCUCCAUACAGGUUGAAAUUCUGUUAGCACAGGCAUAUUAUUCUAACCAUGAUUGUUUUAUUUUUGCUUUACUAUCCCCAGUUUCUUCCAGAUUGUUCAGAUAUUCAACAGUAAACUAGAAUAAACAGUUCUGUUUAUUUUAUUGUACAUAGAAGAAAUUGAAAUUUUCAUAAAAUAAAAAACUACUUGUUCAGUUUUUUUAGCAAAAGAUUUUUUACUUUCCUUGUUUUUCUUAAAUCUAGUCUUAUACCGAUAUCAACGCUUGACCUGAUGAAGUUAAGUAUUAAAUUUACUUAAAGCGACCUUCAGCUUUUCUAAAGGUUAAAUAUUUUAUUUGUCAAAGCAAACGAAUUAAAGUGGAAAAUGAAAUGUGCCGUCGGUAAAAUACAUAGACAAUUAAAAAAAAAUUUUGACACCUUUAGUCUAUGAGUCCGGUCUCUAUUUAAAUUAGUAAAGCAGAUGAUUCGUUUCAAUGAUCUUCUAUUUUUAGAAAUGAUCCUCACAAGCGUUAUAGAUUGCUCUCGAGGGACGUUGUUUUGAAGAUAUGAUGCACUUUUCCAAGAUAAAAUUAUUAAACUAUUUAAGUUUGAAACAACACUGAAUUGUUUUUCGAAAUUGAAAUAAAAACUGAAGGCCACUUUAAUUGUGAAAUUUGAACAGUUCAUUCAACGUGAAAGGGGUUUUAAGUGAAUUGGUCUAUAAUAGAAGGUCUUGAAAACAAUUAAUAAUUAUAAGGAGAAGAAAGAAAUAUCAAUCAGAUUUAAAUCGAAAAUCUGAAUAAUUCGAUCAUUGAUUUGAGAGAAAAGCAUUGCAACAUUUUCAUUUUUGGACUAUUUUUUACAAUAAAAAUUAUUCU